AUGUCCGGGCCAGCAGCAAUUUCGGCACAAAAUAGGCAAAACAAUGGACUUAUGGGUACAACAAACGGAAAAACGAGGACAAUCCAUAGCGAAAAUGUGAGUAAUGGCGAUACGAGCAACUCGAAUGGAGGCAUUGUUAAGAAUGUGAGCAAUGCAACCGGAAGAAUAGUCACAGCACCACUGGGCAUGGUUUCUAUCCAAGAUCUGGAGACAGGAAAAGUGGAUCUGGAUGCGGUUUUGGCAGAAGUGAAGAGUUUACGCAAGAAGAUAUCACAAUUGAGAUACGAGAUGUGCCAAUACUUUAUUACACUAUCAUCGAUUGAUGAUAAUACGAUCCCAUCAGUUGUUUACAACCAGGUGGCAGCACAGGUGAACACACUCCAAAAGAGCUGCAAUGCCUACUUGGAGAGAUACAAGAACCUUCUUCCAAUUAUCAGGUAUGCAAAGUUGAAAAGAGGGAUGGGUCCGAAUGAGGAAAUGAAGGUGGUGAAGCAUGAGGUGCCGGUGAAUACAGCAAAGGCAGCAAAGGCAGCAUCCAGUGGAAAAGGCGGGAAACAGACAGGAACAACGAAAAAGGGCCGGGGUCGUAAGAGAAAGAAGAAUGAUAAAUGA